UUACUCACUGCUGGGUGUCGAGUCUGGUCGAGUCGUAGAUGUCAAGUUGCGCGACAGGCGAUGCGUUGCGUGGUCGAUGUAGUCGAUCACACAAAGCUCUGUGCCUUCUGUAGAUGUUUACGCAUCUUAUAAAAAAAUCGUACUCCGUUUUGUUUUCGUUUUAACUUGUAAAACGGAAUUUUUUUUGUACCUCAGUGCAUUAAACACAUGGGAAUUUCCUGACAACUCGUAAACAUGGAUGACAUGCAAGGAAGGAGGUUAAGUGAUUCAAUGUCAUCUCUAUCGGGUGAAGGAAGUCCAAGUUUUGAGCAACCAAGUUUCAACACAUCCGAACGUGAAGGUUUGAAUAAUGGAAGAAAGAAGCGUCGGCUGGAUGAUUCCGGAUUGGAAUGGGACACGCUUGAGAAGCCAGCCAAGAAGAUGGCUCUGGAGGCUGAAUUUGAUAUGGCAGACAAAGCUAAGCGGAUGAUGGAAAAAAUGGGUUACAAGAAGGGUGCUGGUUUGGGAAAACACGGUCAAGGACGUUUGGAGCCGGUUGAAGCUUCCCAGCAGAAAGGACGCAGAGGUUUGGGUCACUAUAAUGAAAAGUUAAAAGAGGCCAAUCUUCGGUGGGAUCCCAGCAAGGAGGAAAUACUUAUAGAGGAAGAAAUCAAUUGGUUAAUGAACACCAAAGAGCCACCGUGCAUCAAAGAUCUAAACGAUUGGAUAAAAAUUGGACCAACAAAGAGAACGAUAGAGGACGAGACUUUGUACUGCGAUGCAGCAGUUGUAUCAGGAGUGGUAGGCUCGAAAUCAGUGUUCGACAAUUUGGACAAAAACGAAAUGAGACGAGCGCGAACGAGAUCGAACCCUUUUGAAACGAUUCGUGGUUCAAUAUUCCUCAACAGAGCUGCUGUGAAGAUGGCGAAUAUGGACAGAGCCUGCAAUUUCUUGUUCACCGCCCCAACGACAUUGAAAUCCAACGAGCUCUUGUAUUUUGCUGAUGUUUGCGCUGGUCCCGGUGGUUUCAGCGAGUAUGUGCUAUGGCGGAAGAAGUGGCAUGCCAAAGGUUUUGGCUUCACAUUACGAGAGUCGAAUGAUUUCAAGCUGGAAGAUUUCUAUGCGGGUUCACCGGACACUUUUCAUCCGUUUUAUGGUCCCAAAGGUGACGGAGAUGUUUACAAUCCGGAAAAUCAAGAGGCAUUCAGACAAUUGAUCAUGCGACAAACGCAUGGAAAUGGUGUCCAUUUCAUGAUGUCCGAUGGUGGUUUUUCGGUUGAGGGAGAAGAGAGCGUGCAGGAAAUACUAUCGAAACAGCUGUACCUUUGUCAGUGCCUUGUUGCGUUAAUGAUUGUUCGUGAAAAAGGACAUUUCGUAACAAAAUUAUUUGACAUCUUCACUCCCUUUUCCGCGGGUCUCGUUUACAUAAUGUCUCGAUGUUUCGAAAGCAUUUCCAUAUUCAAACCGAACACAUCGAGACCAGCUAAUUCCGAGCGUUAUCUCAUUUGCAACGGGAAACAAUCGAACGUGACGGACGUGAUUGAAUAUCUUUCACGCGUUAAUCGUAUCUUGUUGAACCAGGACAAGAGUCGAGACGUUAUGCAACUCGUGCCCCAUGAAAUCCUGGAGGAAGACGAAGAAUUUUUCAAAUACUUGAAAAAUUCAAACGAAGUUCUCGGCCGACGACAAAUCGUCGGACUCCUCAAAAUCGCUGCUUUUUGCGAAGACACUACUCUCAUGGAGAAUCGACAAGCUGAGAUGAGAAAAAAGUGCCUCGAAUAUUGGGGAUUGCCUGACACGAGUCGUACUAUUCCUCGGAUAAGCGCACCCGGAGAACGCUUGAAAGUUAUCACGCAAAAUUCAACCAUGAGUUUUAUGACGACUAAACCCAAGAUACUCGAGACUUCGAAUCUUAACAAAUUAUUGAAUGUACAUUACGAUUGGUUCUGUAUGCUCUGCGAUUCUUCCGGUCAAAUCAACGACAAAUCCGCUACUUUCUAUAUUGGAAUGGGCAAAUCGAAUUCUUAUCGUUACGACAACGGUACUUGGAUCAGAGUUCCAAAUCUUCAUUUAUCCCCCGACACCCUCGUUUUUGCUGAGCUUGUCACAGAAUUACGAGGCGAAUACACCCAGCAGAGGAGAACGAGUGCUCUUCACAUUCUCGACUCUUAUUUUCUGGGAGGCGAGGACGUUAGUCAAAAGUACAUCGAAGAGAGGUACAGAUUGACAAAGUUGUACACCGAGGCUCUCUGGAAACCGAUGAACGGUGAAUGGAUUCGCGUAAGAGCGAAAGAAUUGCAUCCACUGACGGAGAAUCUCGAGGAAAGGUUUAAUCUUCAGCUUCGUACGUUGAAAAAAGGUGGUCAAGUGUUAACGCACGUACCAUCGCGAGAUGACACCCAUUACGAAGACACCGACGACCCUUAUUUCAUAGUGCCGAAAAGCGUUGUAUUUUUUAAGAGCACUGCACAUUAUUGGUCUCGACAUGUCAGUCAAUCUUCUGGUUACCCUUAUUAUUACAAUUGGAAGGACAAGAGGACGCUCUACGACAAGGACAAGCCAGCAUGCGCGGAUGCUUCUUUCGCGGAAUCGUUUGAAAACCGUAUUGUUUGGUGUUGGCCGCCAGAUCCGGCCUUGACGAGAGAAAGUUUAUUUGAGAUGAUCCGUAACAAGUGCGUGCGACCUGUGAAUAGAUAAUUUUAUAUUUAGAAUGUUGCUAUAAAUUAUAAGAGGCUUUUCUAUAUUUUUCGAAUCAUUUCCAAGUGAUCGCUCUGUAGAAUCAAACAAAACUUUUAUUGAUUUUUAUUUCUACAUGUACACAAAAAUGUGUACAUUACGUACACAUUUAUGUGAU